UCCCAGUUCUCCAAGGGUGUCUACGCCAUCUUUGGAUUUUACGAGAGGAAGACAGUCAACAUGCUCACCUCCUUCUGUGGGGCCCUCCACGUCUGCUUCAUCACGCCCAGCUUCCCUGUUGACACAUCCAAUCAGUUUGUUCUCCAGCUGCGCCCUGAGCUGCAGGAUGCCCUCAUCAGCAUCAUCGACCACUAUGACUGGCAGAAAUUUGUGUACAUUUAUGAUGCCGAUCGGGGGUUGUCAGUCCUACAGAAAGUCCUUGACACUGCUGCUGAGAAGAACUGGCAAGUGACAGCUGUCAACAUCUUGACAACGACGGAGGAGGGCUAUCGGAUGCUCUUUCAAGACCUGGGGAAAAAGAAGGACCGGCUGGUGGUAGUGGACUGUGAAUCAGAGCGUCUGAAUGCCAUCCUGGGCCAGAUUAUAAAAAUGGAAAAGAAUGGGAUUGGCUACCACUACAUCCUGGCAAACCUGGGUUUCAUGGACAUGGAUCUGGCUAAGUUUAAGGAGAGUGGUGCCAAUGUGACUGGUUUCCAGUUGGUAAACUACACUGACACCAUCCCGGCCAAGAUAUUACAGCAGUGGAAAAACAAUGACGUCCGUGAUCACACCCGCGUUGACUGGAAGAAGCCGAAAUAUACCUCGGCACUGACAUAUGAUGGCGUUAGGGUGAUGGCGGAGGCCUUCCAGAGCUUGAGGAAGCAACGUAUUGAUAUCUCCCGCAGGGGGAAUGCUGGGGACUGCUUGGCCAAUCCAGCUGUGCCCUGGGGCCAAGGGAUUGACAUCCAGAGGGCUCUACAGCAGGUACGAUUUGAAGGCUUGACUGGAAACGUACAAUUUAAUGAGAAAGGGCGACGGACCAACUACACCCUCCAUGUGAUCGAAAUGAAACACGAUGGUAUUCGGAAGAUUGGUUACUGGAAUGAAGAUGACAAGUUUGUCCCUGCAGCCACUGAUGCCCAGGCUGGUGGAGAUAACUCCAGCGUCCAGAACAGAACAUAUAUUGUCACAACCAUCCUAGAAGAUCCUUAUGUGAUGCUAAAAAAGAAUGCCAACCAGUUUGAAGGCAAUGACCGCUAUGAGGGCUACUGUGUAGAGCUAGCAGCUGAGAUUGCCAAACAUGUAGGUUACUCUUAUCGGCUGGAGAUAGUGAGCGAUGGAAAGUAUGGUGCCCGAGACCCUGACACGAAGGCCUGGAAUGGCAUGGUUGGGGAACUGGUCUAUGGGAGAGCAGAUGUGGCUGUGGCUCCCUUGACUAUCACAUUGGUCCGGGAGGAAGUCAUCGACUUUUCUAAGCCUUUCAUGAGUUUGGGUAUCUCCAUCAUGAUCAAGAAGCCCCAGAAGUCCAAGCCAGGGGUUUUCUCCUUCCUGGAUCCCCUAGCCUAUGAAAUUUGGAUGUGUAUAGUGUUUGCUUACAUUGGCGUGAGCGUUGUGCUCUUUCUGGUCAGUCGCUUCAGCCCCUAUGAGUGGCACAGUGAAGAAUUUGAGGAAGGACGUGACCCAGCAACCAGUGACCAGUCCAAUGAGUUUGGGAUCUUCAACAGCCUCUGGUUCUCUCUGGGAGCCUUCAUGCAGCAAGGCUGUGACAUUUCACCCAGGUCUCUCUCUGGCCGAAUUGUCGGUGGCGUCUGGUGGUUCUUCACUUUGAUCAUCAUCUCCUCCUACACGGCUAACCUGGCAGCUUUCCUGACUGUGGAGAGGAUGGUAUCUCCUAUCGAAAGUGCUGAAGACCUGGCUAAACAAACUGAGAUUGCUUAUGGGACCUUGGAGGCAGGAUCAACUAAAGAAUUCUUUAGGAGGUCAAAGAUUGCUGUUUUUGAGAAGAUGUGGACGUAUAUGAAGUCAGCUGAGCCCUCUGUUUUUGUGAGAACCACGGAGGAGGGCAUGAUCCGGGUGAGGAAGUCCAAAGGCAAGUACGCCUACCUCCUCGAGUCUACGAUGAAUGAAUACAUUGAACAGCGGAAGCCCUGUGACACCAUGAAGGUGGGAGGUAACUUGGAUUCUAAAGGCUACGGCAUUGCGACACCCAAGGGGUCAGCUCUGAGAGGUCCCGUAAACCUAGCGGUUUUGAAACUCAGUGAGCAAGGCGUCUUAGACAAGCUGAAAAGCAAAUGGUGGUACGAUAAAGGGGAGUGUGGAAGCAAGGACUACGGAAGUAAGGAUAAAACAAGUGCUCUGAGCCUCAGCAAUGUGGCCGGGGUGUUCUACAUUCUGAUCGGAGGCCUCGGACUGGCCAUGCUGGUUGCCUUAAUCGAGUUUUGCUACAAGUCUCGUAGUGAAUCCAAGCGGAUGAAGGGUUUCUGUUUGAUCCCGCAGCAAUCCAUCAACGAAGCCAUACGGACAGCGACCCUGCCCCGGAACAGUGGGGCAGGAGGCAGUGGAGAGAAUGGCCGUGUCGUCAGCCACGACUUCCCCAAAUCCAUGCAAGCAAUUCCGUGCAUGAGCCACAGCUCGGGGAUGCCCUUGGGAGCCACAGGAUUGUAACAGGAGAUGAUUGAGUCCCCAGGGGAGCAGGGCUGGUCUCCCUAAGCCCCAUCCCAAACCCUUCAGUGCCAAAAAAAAUAUUGAAAAGCAACCAUCACCAGUCACCAUGACCAUAGCAGGACAAUUCGACGGUCUUUCCUGAGGAACUAAGAAUCCAGUUUCCUUUCUUUUUCCCCUUCUUUUUUUGCUUCUGUUAUCAUUGCUCUCUGAAGGAACCCAGUAUAGAGGAUGAAUAACUGCAUUGUACUGCAAUAAGCAAAAAAGUAACUGGAUUUAACAGACUCACAAACUCUGAAAAUGGAGUCACUAAUGAGGAGAUUGCACCACUUUGUUUUAACUUGGUCAUUAAUAUGUCUGAGUAUGUGCAAUAUUAUUUUUUCCUUACUAAUCUCCAUGGUUUGCAGGUUCAGUUUGCCCUUCUCCUCACCCCCCAACCCUCCUUGUUUCAGGCUUGAUUGGAAUCGGUAUGACCAAGCCGGAGUUUCCAGCAAGUCAAAGGAAACAUCCAAGCUAACACCAUGGGGGAGGAUUUAGAGUUGCCCUUCAUUCAUUCCAUGGCCCCUAGGCCAUCCGUUGCUUUAGCUGUGGCCCAGGACUUGGUAUAGAACUGUGCAUAGUUGGGGAGAGUGGUCAGCAUUCUCCCCAAAAAGAAGGGCAGAGGUCACUAAGGCACUGACUUAGUCUGGAAAUGAUACAAGGAAAAGAGAAAAAAAAAAGGUGGGCAAGUAGCACUGUGAGAUGAGGGAUCCUUCCAGAAGGCUCCCCUUUGGGGAGCAUAGGGAACGAUGACUUUGAAUUUGUAAGAGCCAGUCAGUCAGAUUAAUGUGGGAAGUUAGGUUCUGUACAGGGCCUGGCUCAGCCCUGAAAACUGUGCAUGUCUGAGUUCAAAGAACUUCUGGCCACUGAAGGGAGAUAAGUCUGCCAGGAGAAGCUGAGACUUGAGAGUAGUGAAUGAACCAGGUAGGGAGGGAGUUUAGCAAAAAGUCUUCUCUACCUUACCUGACAGUUGGCUGGGGUCUCCAAAACUGGGAGAACAGUUUCUUCUGCCCUGUGCCUCUGACAGGACAGGGAAAUGAUGGGCAGGGAAUUGCAGAAGCUCAUAGGCAAAAGAAAAUCAGAGGAGUGUUGUGGCUAAGGGAGCCUAGAGCACUGGAGACCAUGAAUCCUUACUAUUAUUCUAGAACAAGGCACAGAGGGGGCAUCCCAUCCAAGUGUCUCAAGCCUAGCACAAGGUACUAAGUGUGAACCUUGGGUUUUAGAACCCAAGUAACUUAUUUUUACUUAGAUCUAAAAACAAAAUAAAAAAAUGUUUGAACAAGUAGCCAGCCUGGCAAGCUAAGUGUUUCCUUUUUUUCUCAAUUUCAGAAGGUGUGAUGCCUGAGGGUGAAUUAUUUUUAAGGAAGUUGGA